GUGUUGCAAACGAUUUACGUGUGGACAGUUGGAUACUAGCCUUAACAAUUAUUCGUCAAUUAUAUCAGCGGUUUUCAAUGACUCAUUCUGACGAGCCACAAAAAUGUUCGUGAUGCUGAGUAAGAGAGAAGUGAGAAGUGUGUAACGUACAAUAUACAUAUGAGACAAAUUAUUGAAAUUGUUUGCAAAGCAAGUUAAUAGAAAAAUAAAUCUUUUACGAUUAAUGAUCUCCUUUGACGUAUGUAUUUUUCCACGAGUGUAGAAGUGGAAAUAAGUGGAGAGGAAUAGACAGCAUGCUAUUCGGGUAUUCGCUUAGUCUUAAACAGAAAGGCACACAGUAGUGGACAAGCAUUCCAUUACUGUUUAGUGGGCAGUAUUGGUAUAAAGUAGAAAGCGCUUAUGUGACAAUGUGAGGAACGCUGACAGAGUUUAACUCUCAAUAAUACUUUUUAACGGUAAUCGUUUACGAAUAAAAAAUUAUUUUCGUGGAUAAUGACAGAAAACAAGGAAAAUGAUACUAAGGGACAAGCUCCUGAUGGUGGUUGGGGCUGGUUUGUUUGUCUUGGAAGCAGUUUGAUUACGCUCUCUUUGCGAUCAUUGGAUCCAUCAUUCGGACUGCUUUUCAACGAUUUAUUGAAGGAGCUCAAGGUUGGCUCUACAGGGACAUCAGUUAUAAUGAGUGUCUUAGAUGCCAUUGUCAAUUUUUCAGGUUUUUUAAUCGGCCCAUUAUUAAAAAGAUUUUCUUAUCGACAAGUCGCAUUUUUUGGAUCUUUAUUGAGCUGCAGUGGUUUAAUAAUUACAUCGCAAGCUAACAGUAUGCUGUACAUUAUUUGUACCUACAGUAUAUUAGGAGGCAUAGGUACCGGCCUUGCCAUGGCUUGUUCCUUCGUCGCAUUGAAUACAUUCUUCGAUAAAAAACGUGGACAAGCAGUAGGUUUUUCUAUGGCGGGAACCGCAUUGGCAAUGAUGGUUGUACCAUUGUUAAUACAUAUGUUGCUGCACAUAUACGGAUUUCGCGGCACAACGCUUAUAGCCGGAGGAUGGGCAUUACAUUCUGUGGUGGGAUCAUGUUUGUUACGUCCACUUAAAGAACCGCCGAUAACACCACCAGUAAAAAAAAAGCCUGAAGAGCGAGAAAGUGAGGCUUUAUUAAUGAAACCUACUAAAUCACGAAGAAUAUCAAAUGGAUCAACGUGGACGGAAAAUCAAAAUGCAGAAAAUGAAUCAAUCUCACCUAAAAAGGAAUCGUUCGUAAAAAAGAUAAAAGCAACUUUUGAUUUGGAUCUCCUAAAAAAUUUCACGUACUUAAAUGUCGCUUUAGGUUGUAGCUUUUAUUACGUGGCUGAAUCUAAUUACAAACUGAUGACUCCUUUCUUCCUCUUAAGUAUUGGAAUGACGAAAGCAGAGGUGGCCUUUUGUCUGUCCCUGACUGCAUUUACCGACAUCCUUGCUAGGCUGCUUCUACCAACAUUAUUCGACAAAUUCGGUUGGAAAAAGCGUAUACUUUUUUGGAUUUCUUGUCUCCUCCUUGGAAUCGCACGCUCCAUAUUGGCGGAACAAACGGAAAAGACACCAUUGAUUGUCAUGUUCGUAGUAGCUGGAUUUCUGCGUGGCACUACAUUGGUAAACCUUAAUCUCUGUAUAUCCGAGUGUUGUACUUUGAAGAAGCUACCAAGUGCAUUUGGAAUAUUUAUGGUGUUUAAGGGCUUAUGCGUAGUCAUCAUGAGUCCCUUAAUCGGAUACAUCAGAGAUGUCAGCAAUAGCUACAAAAUCUGUAUUCACGUGAUGACCGCCUUGAUACUCGUCACAUUUGUCGUGUGGACCAUUGAAUUUUUAAUUACAAUCUUUUGUAGACAACUUGCUAUAGCUAAGAAAUUACAACAGCACGUUAUAGAAUAAUAUUUCUAGUUUAAUUUAGUAAUUGUGUAAAAUAAUCUAAUGUAUUUUUACCACUCAUGUCAUUUGUUUACAACUUUAGUACGGCAUGAAUAUCGAUCAAAUAAAUUAUUAUUUUUAAAAAAUUAA